GCUUACAUGUGAUAUCAUAUACUUCAGUGGCUUGCUCAACGACCAUGCCGACCUCGGACAUCCAGGACCUGUUUGGGUUGCAUCCCUCCUCAGAUAAACUCGCUUCACACUUAGCAUCUCUGGCAUCGCUUACAUCCUUGUCUCAAGCACCAGCACCAGAAGUCAAAUCAUACCCUGAUGCUGUAUAUCUCAAUUACUUUCCUGUCGGACUCAGUUUUCUCUUCAAACCGAUCAAUGGUUACAAGCCCAAGCUUGGACUCAAGCUCGGAGAGUUGAAGUAUGAAGAUUUAGUAUUGGAUGGUGUGGAUCUUUACAAUACGCCAAAGCCAAAGCCAGGUGCUCCAGCUUCCCAGACUAAGCCUUCUCACUCGAAAUACCCUGUGAACCCUUUCAUUCUGAAUCUCGUCCCCAUUCCUGACAAAACUCGAUCCGAGUCCUUAUCCAUUACUCCGAAUACUACUGGGAAGGAGUUCGUAGAAGCACUUGGUGAACCUGAUAGGAAAGGUGGAGGUGCUGGGCCAUCAUCGGGCUCUAUCGGUAUUUGGUGUGAAUGGUCCAAGGAUGGAAUCAUGAUCGAGUUUGGAGGGGAAGAGAGCAAAGGUCCAAAAGCAUGGGAGACGGGCAAAGACGCUGUGUGGAAAGUCAUCACUGUCUUCCCUCCAAAGUGAAAACUAAGUGUUGAUGGAAGUAGCGGAAUUGCUUGAUAGCAUAAAAUAGGGAAUACAAUUUACAGAGGUCCCUCUGAAAUGGUUUGAUCAGUGUGGGGAAGCGUGUACCCUGGUCUGAUCUAGGACUUACGGUAGUCAUACACAAGCCGUGCUUGGAUUCUCUCCUGUUCUGGACCAAUGAAGUAAACAUGUCUGGUGUAUCUCUUCUCAUCGUUCACAUUCUCAAAGCCCCAUAUCUGACGUGCACAUAUAUUAGUUCAACUUUGACUCUGAUCGGUACAAGCAUGCGGCUCACCUGUUCAGCAAUCCAAGUCCUCCCACUCUUGGGGGUAUCACUCUGGACCCAGGAGUUGAUGGCACCAUGCUCUUUAGUUUCGUCUGACCAUCCCUCUCUCAGCCAAUCAUUCUCGAUGUCAUCUAUCGCAAUCCUGCGCGAUUUUCCUACAACAGGACCAAAGACAUAAUCUUCAUGACUACGCUCCUCCCAGUUGAGAACACGAAGUUCAGUGGUGGCUCCUAGACCUCCGCUAAGCACUUGAUCGAUGUCGAUAUGCUCCAACGAGUCAUCUCCGGUGUAGUGCUUGAUGGUAAGGUAGAGCGUGGCCAUGCGGAUGGCUUUGCGAGUAAGCCAACUCACACCUUGGAGACGUAGUAUUUCGUCGGUAUCAUCACUCAGAGUCUUGUUCUGUAUGCGUGCUUAAGAGCUUCUUCAAGUUCGGAAUAAAAGUGAAACUCACCAUGUAAUACUUUCCACUGAUAUCCAAAGUAGUCAUUUCGGCUGGUGCGGCCAUGGUGUCGCUGGGUAGAAUCAGGUAGAUAUGAUGGUAGUUAGCGAAUGGAAACGGUAUAUGGUACGCAACGAGAACCGGCGUACUAAUUUUAGGUGUCAUUUGGAUU